AAAGCUAGGAAGGACAACCACAAAUCAAUACACAAAAGAACAAAAAAACAAAAUAAAAACGGAUAAACUACAAAUUAGAAAAAUAGAAACUGAACAAAAUCAAGAGAGAGAGUGAAAAAAGAGAGUGAGAAAACAGAGAUGCGUUGUUAUGGCUUAUCAAUCCCCGGAAGCGACCAUCGCUUCUUCCUUCCAACACUUACUCCGUCAGUAUCCCUCCGGCCGACGACAACUGUGCCGGUAAACCGUUUAACAUUCGGAUCAAGUUUUCCGAAACUGAAAGCCACCUUCAACGACGGCGUUGUGACGGAGAAAUUGAGUUUCUACGAUCUUCUAGGGAUUCCCGUAUCUGGUUCGUUGAAUGAUAUCAAAUCUGCUUAUAAACAACUUGCGAGAAAGUAUCAUCCUGACGUUUCGCCACCGGACCGGGUUGAAGAGUAUACGAAAAAGUUUAUUCAGGUUCAUGAGGCUUAUGAGACGUUAUCGGAUCCUUCAAGGAGAAUCAUGUAUGAUCAGGAUAUGGCUAGAGGCGUGAAUCUCGCUUUCAACGCUCGGAAACGCUAUAAUCACUCCGAUCAGGGGAAUGAACAAAAAGACGAAUGGAAAAUCCGUUGGCAAUCUCAACUCUCUGGUCUGAAGAGAAGAAGUGACAGCAAGGUUGCUGCUGAGAACAUGUCAUGGGCUGCUCGAAUGCGCCAGCAGAAGGAGGAAAUGUGACCAGAAUUUUCCUUUGUUUUCUAUGUGUAUAAAAGUUGUAUAUAUCAAUAUUUAUCUUUUCGUACUCUACAUCAAAUCAUAUAUAACAUGAACGUUUAGGAAAAAAUUACUAUGCACUUUGCAGUAUGCUAACCAUAUAGUUUACCCAAAAAAUUGUGUUUAAUUUUGUUACAAAUGACUUAUAAAGUACUUAUCAAACUUCUAAAGUAGUUCAUGAAAAAAUGAAACAUGAAAAAUACAAUGCUUAAUCUCUUU